AUGGCAGGCCCAGUACGGCAGCCGAUCGACCUGGCGUCUCUUGAGCGCUACAUCGACAGUAAUGUCCCCGAGAUCAAGACGCCGCUCGAGCUGAAGCAGUUCGGGUUUGGUCAAUCGAAUCCUACGUACCAGCUCACGGACUCGACGGGCGCCAGGUUUGUGAUGCGCAAGCGGCCUCCCGGUCAAUUACUCUCCAAAACCGCCCACCAAGUCGACCGCGAGUACAAGAUCAUCAACGCCCUGGGUCAAACGGACGUCCCCGUGCCGAAAGUAUACUGCCUCUGUCAAGAUGAUAACGUUAUUGGCACCGCAUUUUAUAUCAUGGAGUUCUUGGACGGGCGCAUGGUGACCGAGCCGCACUUCCCGGGGUUUAGUCCUGAAGAACGAAGAGAAAUGUGGCACGAUGCAGUUCGGACACUCGCAAAGUUCCAUCGAGUCGACUUCAAGAAAGUUGGACUCUCCGAUUUCGGCCGUCAUGGAAACUUCUACGACCGCCAGCUGAAGACCUUCGGGACGUUAUCCAAGGUGCAAGCGGAGUCGGUGGACGUCGACACAAAGAAGCCCGUGGGAGCGAUACCGCAUUUCGAUGACAUGGUGGCUUUCUUCAAGCAAAAGUCGACCCAGCCCAAAGACCGCGUCACGCUGAUCCACGGAGACUACAAGAUUGACAACUUGGUGUUCCACAAGACCGAGCCUCGAGUCAUUGGCAUAUUGGAUUGGGAAAUGGCCACCAUUGGACACCCUUUGUCAGAUCUUGUUAAUCUGACGGCGCCGUGGAGCUGGGUUGGCAGGGAUCUAGGCACGGCUCAUGCCCAGGGCGAAACCGAAGCCUUCAAGGAUGGGGUAACUCCCGGGCUUCCCACCUUGGACCAGGUCGUGCAAUGGUACGCUGAAGCGUCGGGAUAUGACCCCGCCAACGAGCUGGCUUGGGGCACUGCUUUUGGAGGAUUCCGAGGCGCAAUCAUCAUGCAAGGUAUAGCAGCAAGGUACGCUCGGAGACAGGCCAGCGGCAUGACUGCGAAAAACUAUGGGGCGCAGAUGCCUGCCUACGGAGAGUGGGCUUAUGGCUUGAUAGAGAAACUCAAGGAGGACUCGCUGGGGAAGGCGAAGCUAUAG